CCCGGGGGAUGCGCCGCCCCGAGCCGCUGCCUCCACCGCCGCCGCAGCCGCAGCCGCAGCGGGCACAGAGCAGGUAGAUGGCCCCCUCAGGGCAGGCCCUGCGGACACCCCUCCCUCUGGCUGGCGGAUGCAGUGCCUAGCGGCAGCCCUUAAGGACGAAACCAACAUGAGUGGGGGAGGGGAGCAGGCCGACAUCCUGCCGGCCAACUACGUGGUCAAGGAUCGCUGGAAGGUGCUGAAAAAGAUCGGGGGCGGGGGCUUUGGUGAGAUCUACGAGGCCAUGGACCUGCUGACCAGGGAGAAUGUGGCCCUCAAGGUGGAGUCAGCCCAGCAGCCCAAGCAGGUCCUCAAGAUGGAGGUGGCCGUGCUGAAGAAGCUGCAAGGGAAGGACCAUGUGUGCAGGUUCAUUGGCUGUGGCAGGAACGAGAAGUUUAACUAUGUAGUGAUGCAGCUCCAGGGCCGGAACCUGGCCGACCUGCGCCGCAGCCAGCCGCGAGGCACCUUCACGCUGAGCACCACGUUGCGGCUGGGCAAGCAGAUCUUGGAGUCCAUCGAGGCCAUCCACUCUGUGGGCUUCCUGCAUCGUGACAUCAAGCCUUCAAACUUUGCCAUGGGCAGGCUGCCCUCCACCUACAGGAAGUGCUAUAUGCUGGACUUCGGGCUGGCCCGGCAGUACACCAACACCACGGGGGAUGUGCGGCCCCCUCGGAAUGUGGCCGGGUUUCGAGGAACUGUUCGCUAUGCCUCGGUCAAUGCCCACAAGAACCGGGAGAUGGGCCGCCACGAUGACCUGUGGUCCCUAUUCUACAUGCUGGUGGAGUUUGCGGUGGGCCAGCUGCCCUGGAGGAAGAUCAAGGACAAGGAGCAGGUAGGGAUGAUCAAGGAGAAGUAUGAGCAUCGGAUGCUGCUGAAGCACAUGCCAUCAGAGUUCCACCUCUUCCUGGACCACAUUGCCAGCCUCGACUACUUUACCAAGCCCGACUACCAGUUGAUCAUGUCGGUGUUUGAGAACAGCAUGAAGGAACGGGGCAUUGCUGAGAAUGAGGCCUUUGACUGGGAGAAGGCAGGCACCGAUGCCCUCCUGUCCACGAGCACCUCUACCCCACCCCAGCAGAACACCCGGCAGACGGCAGCCAUGUUUGGGGUGGUCAAUGUGACGCCAGUGCCCGGGGACCUGCUCCGGGAGAACACCGAGGAUGUGCUACAGGGAGAGCACCUGAGUGACCAGGAGAAUGCACCCCCAAUUCUGCCCGGGAGGCCCUCUGAGGGGCUGGGCCCCAGUCCCCACCUUGUCCCCCACCCCGGGGGUCCUGAGGCUGAAGUCUGGGAGGAGACAGAUGUCAACCGGAACAAACUCCGGAUCAACAUUGGCAAAAGCCCCUGUGUGGAGGAGGAACAGAGCCGAGGCAUGGGGGUCCCCAGCUCCCCCGUGCGUGCACCCCCAGACUCCCCCACAACCCCAGUCCGUUCUCUGCGCUACCGGAGGGUGAACAGCCCUGAGUCAGAGAGGCUGUCCACGGCGGACGGGCGAGUGGAACUACCUGAGAGGAGGUCACGGAUGGAUCUGCCUGGCUCGCCCUCGCGCCAGGCCUGCUCCUCUCAGCCAGCCCAGAUGCUGUCAGUGGACACAGGCCACGCUGACCGGCAGGCCAGUGGCCGCAUGGACGUGUCAGCCUCUGUGGAGCAGGAGGCCCUAAGCAAUGCCUUCCGCUCGGUGCCGCUGGCUGAGGAGGAGGACUUCGACAGCAAAGAGUGGGUCAUCAUUGACAAGGAGACGGAGCUCAAGGACUUCCCUCCGGGGGCUGAACCCAGCACAUCGGGCACCACGGACGAGGAGCCGGAGGAGCUGCGGCCAUUGCCCGAGGAGGGCGAAGAGCGGCGGCGGCUGGGGGCAGAGCCCACCGUCCGGCCCCGGGGACGCAGCAUGCAGGUGCUGGCCGAGGAGGACCUGCAGCAUUUGCCGCCCCAGCCCCUGCCACCCCAGCUGAGCCAGGCCGAUGGCCGUUCCGAGACGUCACAGCCCCCCACGCCUGGCAGCCCUUCCCACUCACCCCUGCACUCGGGACCCCGCCCUCGACGGAGAGAGUCGGACCCCACAGGCCCACAGAGACAGUUGGAGGAGGACAGACUCUCGGGGCACUCCCUCCCGCGGUACAGCCCCCUGCGACGACUGGCGUCCUCCGUGUUCUCCUCCUCCACGCUGGAGACGGAGCAUUACCCUCACCCCGGCGGCGGCGGCUCCUCGGGCUCCUCCGGUUCCCUCAUUCAGCGCAGCCGCUCGGCCGAGAGCAGCCCUGUGCGGGCGCCCCACCGGCGCCACGCGCCCCUCGCUGCUGGCAACCACAGACUCAUGCCCUCGGUGCUCCGCAUCUCGCGGUCCCAGCUGCAGCAGGUGUUCUCCGUGGCGCCCCCAUUUGAGGUGAAUGGCCUCCCAAGAGCUGUGCCUCUGAGUCUGCCCUACCAGGACUUCAAGAGGGACCUCUCCGAUUACCGAGAACGGGCGCGGUUGCUCAACAGGGUCCGGAGGGUGGGCUUCUCCCACAUGCUGCUCACCACCCCCCAGGUCCCGCUGUCUCCUGUUCAGCCUCAGGCUAAUGGGAAGGAGGAAGAGGAGGAGGAGGAGGAAGAGGAAGAUGAGGAAGAGGAAGAAGAGGAUGAGGAAGAUGAGGAGGAAGAGGAAGAGGAGGAGGAAGAAGAGGAGGAGGAGGAGGAAGAGGAGGAGGAAGAGGCUGCGGCGGCAGUUGCCUUGGGGGAGGUGCUGGGGCCUCGCAGUGGCUCCAGCAGUGAGGGGAGUGAGAGGAGCACCGACAGGAGCCAGGAGGGCGCCCCGUCCACGUUGCUGGCAGACGAUCAAAAGGAGUCCAGGGGCCGGGCUUCCAUGGCUGAUGGGGACCUGGAGCCUGAGGAGGGUUCCAAAACGCUGGUGCUCGUCUCUCCUGGCGACAUGAAGAAGUCGCCCGUCACUGCCGAACUGGCCCCCGACCCUGACCUGGGCACCCUGGCUGCCCUCACUCCUCAGCAUGAGCGGCCCCAGCCCACGGGCAGCCAGCUGGACGUAUCUGAGCCAGGCACCCUCUCCUCUGUCCUCAAGUCUGAGCCCAAACCCCCGGGGCCUGGGGCAGGGCCGGGGGCCGGGACAGUGACCACAGGGGCCGGGGGCGUGGCAGUCACCUCCUCACCCUUCACCAAAGUUGAGAGGACCUUUGUGCACAUUGCGGAGAAAACCCACCUCAACGUCAUGUCUUCCAGUGGACAAGCCUUGCGGCCUGAGGAGUUCAGCACUGGGGGCGAGCUGGGUCUGGAGCUGGCCUCUGAUGGGGGCACUGUGGAGGAGGGGGCCCCAGCGCCCCUGGAGAACGGCCUCGCCCUCUCAGGACUGAAUGGGGCCGAGAUAGAGGGCUGUGCCCUGUCUGGGCCCCCCGGGGAAACCCCCUCAGCGAUGGCCACAAACUCACUGCCCAAUGGCCCGGCCCUUGCAGACAGUCCAGCCCCGGUGUCCCCACUGGAGCCCAGCCCUGAGAAAGUGGCCACCAUCUCCCCCAGACACCAUGCUAUGCCAGGCUCUCGCCCCAGGAGCCGUAUCCCCAUCCUACUAUCUGAGGAGGACACCGGCUCCGAGCCCUCAGGCUCACUGUCGGCCAAAGAGCGGUGGAGCAAGCGGGCCCGGCUGCAGCAGGACCUGGCACGGCUGGUGAUGGAGAAGAGGCAGGGCCGCCUGCUGUUGCGGCUGGCCUCAGGGGCCUCGUCCUCCUCCAGUGAGGAGCAGCGCCGUGCCUCUGAGACCCUCUCAGGCACGGGCUCCGAGGAGGACACGCCCGCCUCUGAGCCGGCAGUGGCCUUGCCCAGGAAGGUCGGGCGGGCAGCCGCCACCCGGAGCCGGAUUCCCCGCCCCAUUGGCCUCCGCAUGCCCAUGCCUGCUGCAGCCCAGCAGCUCCCCAGCAAAUCCCACGGCGCGGCCCCAGCAUCGGACACAGCCAUCACCAGCAGCAGGCUCCAGCUGCAGACUCCCCCGGGGUCGGCCACUGCUGCUGACCUCCGCCCCAAACAACCUCCUGGCCGCGGCCUGGGCCCAGGGCGAGCCCAAGCCGGAGCCAGGCCCUCAGCCCCGCGCAGCCCGGGCCUCCCCACGUCCACUUCCGCCGCGCGCAAUGCCAGCGCGUCCCCCCGGAGCCAGUCCCUGUCCCGCAGAGAGAGCCCCUCCCCCUCGCACCAGGCCCGGCCCGGGGUCCCCCCGCCCCGGGGCGUCCCGUCGGCCCGGGCCCAGCCUGAUGGCACCCCCUCCCCCGGGGGCUCCAAGAAAGGACCCAGAGGGAAACUCCAGGCUCAGCGCGCAACAACCAAAGGCCGGGCAGGAGGCGCGGAGGGCCGGGCUGGGGCCAGAUAAUGACGCCCGCGGCUCUCCGCGGUCCCCCACCCUCACCCCGGCCCCCCACCCGCAGCCGGUCACACUGGAGCAGCUCCCAGCACAGCCUUACGCGCCCGACGCGCGCCACCCUUGGCCCCAGCUUUCCGCCUGCACCCGCGAGGACGCACGCGAGCACACGCGGCGCCCCACCAGCCCUCAGGGCCGGUGGGGGACGCGGCACCGCGCCGCGGGGAGGGUCUGCCUCCCCUUCCUCGCCCUGUGUCCUCUCAUCCUCCUGCCGCCCGUCAGGCCGGCCAGCCUCACAUCAGUCUCUCCGCCCCGGGGAAGGCUCAGCCACUUUUCAUCGAGGACUCCACUUUUGGGGACGCCCAGUUCGUUCGCCCACCAGGCCUAGGCUGCUCUCCAUGCUCCCCCAGCAACCUCUGCCUACACCUCCUGCGGCGCCUUGCCCUCCUCCGACCCCUUUCCAGCCAAAGUCCCCCUACCCCUUCAGAGAAGUAGCCUCAAAUUCCAGAAGUGGAGGCUCCAGCCUCCCCCCGAGGGUCCAGCCCCACAGUCUUCUGGGAGCCAUUGUGGCCAGGGAUGGCCUCUGGACUGCCAGGCUGGAGUUGGGGACCCAGGGGAUAUCGGUCUACUCAGGUGUGAGGGGGCAGGUCUGACCUGCCCCAAAGUUGACUCCAUCCUGGACAACUCGGUGGGAGGCAGUGGGCAAGUGAUCUUGGAGAUGGGUGGGCAGGUGAUUCUGUGGGCAGGGGAUGUGCUCCCCUGCACCUCUGGGGUGCAGAAACCUCUUGCCUCCUAAAUUUGGGUGGUGCCUCUGUGGGAACCAUAGGAAGCGUGUGGGCUGCCUUCCCGGGCAAGUAUUUCCCAGUGGGAUGUUGGAGGGGGCUUUAACAAAGUUUUACUCCCUCCCCUGUUCCCCUGAUCUAGUGCUCAGGACCCCUCACCAUCAGGAAUUCCUUCCUGUCAUCUAACCUCAGUCCUGUCUACUGCAGUUCCAGCCAACCUGCUCUUUCCUGAGUUCAAUGCAGGUGGAAAGUGGCUGGUUACCAUCUUUGCACUGGCCCUUUGGAGAUUCGAGGACUCAGUUCUGGUGGAGUCACUCUCCCUGUCCUCCCUUCUGUGGGAGGGAGGGAGGGCUGGCUCAGGCAUCGUCUCCCGCAAUGGGCAGAGAGAGCAGAGAGAGGUCGACCAACAGACAGCUGGCCCCUGGAGGCAGAAAGGCCCUUCUAACUUCCAGAUCGAAUGUUUGAGUGAUGGGUCCUCAGUCCAAGCCCACUCUUCCCUCAGCUCACCCUUCAGCCUGUUCCUUCUUGCCCCGACCCCAGCCUGUGCAGCCGCUCUACUCCAGGAAUGGAUGUGGGGACUCUUCCUGGGUUCUGGCUCCUGCAUAGCUCACCGCACCUCAUCAUGAGCCUCAACUGCCUACAUCUGGGGCAAGCAGCACACCGGCUGCAGAUGGGACAGCCAGCCCUGCCUAUCUGGACAGGCCCCUGCAGCCUCUGUCCCCUGGCCUAGCCUCUCUGUCCUUCCCUGAGUCACAGAGAGCAAGCCAAGACAUCCAGGGAAAGAGGAAGAAAGGCCUUAGUGUGCCCCAGCGGUCUGGCUGCAUCCAGCCACCAUCACCCAGAAGGAUGCCCAUGAGGCAGCUGACCCUGAAAGCACCCUCCCCCUCAUGGAGAGUCAGCAGCUUGGGCAGCCACUUUCAGGCCACGGUGGUGGCUUCUCUGCAGACCAGCCGAGGGGAGGACUCCUGGGUGGACAGUCUUUGAUAUCCACCCUACGCUGAUGCAGAAGCUCCCAGAACACUCAGGAAACUUCUCCGGACAGAGCCCUCCUUGUCAACUUGAGGCCCUCCCAAGGCCCUCUACUGCCCUCUGGGUCCAGCAGAGGGAGUGGAGGAGGGACCACUGCCUCUCACCUAGAGCUUCUCCGAAUGACAAUCAGCUCGUGCCAGGUGGGGACCAGGACAUGACUCCUGGUGCCCAGGCCCUGGGCCUGCUCCUUGCCACCAACCGAACCGUGAAUGUAGGGCCCCCAGCCUCACCUCUGCCCCGGGACCAACAACACCCUGGUUUGGAGCUGGGAGGAAGAGGGGGACCUGAGAGAGCCCCAGGUCCAUUCUACCCCCAGCUUCACUCAGCAUUGGAGCUGGCAGAGACGCAAAACCCAGUCUUCCCUUGGGAUUCCGAACCACCCUAGGGCUCCCAACUGACCUCAGGCCUCUGAGUCUCUGAAUGUCACCAGGUGAGGUGGGAGAGGUAAAGUGGGCCAGUGGGGAGGGGGUCACCUAGGGGACUGCCUCUGUGCCUCUCCCCAGGAAGGAUCCAGGGCAGAGGAAGCCACAUCUCCCGGUGCCCCCAACCCCAGCUGCAGCCUCUUCCCCCUGAGCAUUCAUUCUCUCCACCAGGCCUCCAGGUCCUGAGCCCUUCCUCUGUAAAAGUGUCACACCACCUCCCUCAGCACUUCCUGUCAGAACAACCUAUGUCACUGACUCAGAUGCAGGGUCUGCUCACCCCAACACAUGCCUUCCCUCCCCAGCCGCAUCGUGCACGAAGGGGGCACAGGAGAGGAGAGGAGCUGUGCCCCAGGCUCCCCAUUUCCCAGCUCCUCACAGGGGCCUGGUUUGCUCAGUCUUCUCAACUCCAGGGACUAGCCCUGGUGGGCAUGGGGUGGGGAGCAGGAAGUUGCCCUUCCCCUCCCUCGGGAAGCCACCUAAGAAUGUUUACAUGCCAAACAGAAUGUAACACCCCUCCCCAAGCCCUUCCCAGUCACUGCAUGGCCUCUGCCCAUCCUGCACCUGUCCACCCCACCCCAACACCCUGGAAGCCACUGUCAAUGAUUAGAUCGGGUCUCGGAAGGGAAGUAGCCAUCACACCAUUAAAAAGCCUGUGGACCUUU